AUGGCCCAGCUGGAAACUCCUGAGCAAGCCGAGAGCCUCAUUACCAAGGUCUACGACGCGUGUCAAGCGAUCCGCGAGUCCGACGUCGUCACCAUCGCGCACAUAGAAGGCCCGGUAUUCGGUGCCGGUCUGGAGCUCGUUGCGUCGUGCGAUUUUCGAUAUGCGACCGACACCGCUCGCUUCGCCAUGCCCGAGGUCGAAUUAGGGAUUCCGUCUGUUGUGCAGGCGAGACUGCUGGCGAACAUCAUCGGGUGGCAGAAGACCAAGUAUCUCGUGUACACGGGCGCCACCAUCGACGCGCAGACGGCGGCAGAUUGGGGACUCGUGGACGUUCUUUGCCCUUCGUCCGAGCUGGCCCUCGCGCAGACCAUGCGCGCGGCGUCCAAGAUUGCGGAAAACGGGCCCGAAGCGAUGAAGGCCCAGAAACGCCUGGUGCGGCUGUGGGAGGAGCAGGACCUGGCCUCGGGUGUGACGGCGGGCAUCGAGUCCUUUUCCGGCAUGUUCAGGGACGGGGCUGUCGAGCCCAAGGAGUACAUGCAGCGGUUCUUUGAGAAACGGGCCGCGCUCAAAAGGCAAGCAGCUGCCGCCUGA